CAAAUUACCAGUGGAAAGAAAGUUCCCAGUGAGAGGAACAUCUGGGUGAAAGAAGGUUUCAAGAGUAGAUUAUCUUCGCUCCAGCUGCAGUUAUGGAGAGUAACCCUUACUUCAGCAGUCAACAAGUGCUUUGCAAAGAUGUUGAGAUGGGGAAAGAGAAGGAAAGAAAGGCCAGGUAUCGUGCCUACCAGUGUGCCGCCAUCAUUCUGAGUGUGGUAUUCCUGGUAUUGGCCCUAUGUAUCUUCAGCUUGAGAUAUAUAUGGAGCCCAAGCCCUGGGAAGGUAUAUGAUCAUCAGUAUAAAGCUGUACUGGAUGGAAUGGAGACUGAGAGCAUGAUGGAAAUCUAUCCAGCUCAACGCAUCGAGAUUUUCAGAAUGGGAAACGGCACUGAUGAGGUCCUGGAGGUGCAUGACUUCAAAAAUGGCAUCACGGGCAUUCGUUUUGCCAAGCACCAGAGAUGCUACGUCAGGGCUCAAACCAAGGAGCUGCCCAAGCUGGACUCAAAGAUGAUCGAUGCUGAGGUGAGUGAGACUGAUGAAGUGGAUAUGCAGAUGGUGGACUCUCAGACAUGGAUCCUUGCUGAAGAGCCAAUCUCCAACAAAACAUUCCUGUUGAAUUCCAAGAUCUGGGAGAUUUGCCAAGAUCUGCCCAUCCACUGGAUCCACCCAUCUCCUCUCAGAGACGCUGAGUUCCAUGAUGUAGAGGAUGUGGAGGAGACCCCAGAGCUGGAGGCGAGAGGUCCACGUCAGGCCCGGGACGUCAUGGACCAGUUACCAGUAAACGACUAUAGAGAAGUCGGGCUGGAGCUGGACAACAGCCUAGAUGAGCAGGGCUACUGCUGCCAGUAUUGUCGUCGGGGGUACCGUUACUGUCGGCGAUACCACGAGCCCCUGGGCGGCUUUUGGCCGUAUCCCUACUAUUACCAGGGAGGACGGGUCAUCUGUCAGAUUGUCAUGCCCUGCAACUGGUGGAUAGCAAGAAUGCUGGGACGAAUUUAAAGAUACCGGAGGGAACCGGUGGUGCUAUGCUGCUCAGGGGUAUGCGUAGACCAGCUUCAUUUGUACAACAUGUCCCAUACACGCUUAGCUUUUUUCCAUUCUUUGUGUAAAAAAAAUCUGUUAAAAUAAGGCAAAACAUUAGCUCAUCCUUGGUGACUGGGUCACUGUCAUAAUUGUCUUUUUUAUAUUAUGUAUGGGUAGUUGAUGGAUAACAAUCAAUGUUUGUUUACUAAUUUUUUAACAGCAUGUUAGCAUGGGGGUUAUUUACAUGACAAACACAAGGUCAGCAUCACAAUCCAUAAAAUUUUAAGUUAUUAUAUAAAACAGUUGAACUUGACAGCUAAAAAUCUAAAAGUUGUGGUCGUAAGUUUACAUACCUUACAUAUCUUGCAGAAUCUGUUAAUUAUUUUACCAAAAUAAGAGGGAUCACACAAAAUGCAUGUAAUUUUUUUAUUUAGUACUGAUCUUUUAUUAACAUAAAAGAAGUUUACAUAUAGUCCACAGGAGAAAAUAAUAGUUGGAUUUUUAUAAAAAUGACCCCAUUCAACACUUGAUUCUGUUUAGUGAUAGUUGUUCACGAGGCACCUUGUUUGUUCUGAACAGUUCUUAAGAAAAAUCCUUCAGGUCCUACAUUCUUUGUUUUUUCAGCAUUUUUGUGUAUCUGAACCCUUUCCAAGAAUGAUUUUUAGAUCCAUCUUUUCACACUGAGGACAACUGAGGGACUCAGGAGAAAUGAUGCAUUAGGAGUCAGGGGGUGUAAAUUUUUGAAAAGAAUGAAGAUGAGUACAUUUUUCUUAUUUUGCUUAAAUAUCAUUUUUUUUUUCAUUUAGUACUGCCCUUCAGAAGCUACAGAAGAUACUUACUUUUUCCCAGACGACAAUGAAUUUACCAUGAAUUCCAAAAGUUUUCACCCCCUUUCGGCUCUUAAUGCAUUGGGUUUCCUUCUGAAGCGUCAGUGAGUAUUUGAACUUUCUGUAGUAGUUGCAUACGAGUCCCUCCGUUGUCCUCAGUGUGAAAAGAUGGAUCUCAAAAUCAUAGUCAUUGUUGGAGAGGGUUCAAAUACACAAAAAUGCUGAAAAACCAAAGAUUAUUCAGAUAACAACACAGUAUUAAGAAUCAAACGUAAAUGUUUGAACAGGGUCAUUUUAAUAAAUUCAACUAUUAUUUUCUCUUGUGGACUACAUGUGAAAAUCUUAUUCAAGUCAGUAUUAAAUAAAAUAAUCACAUGUAUGAUCCCUCUUUUUUUGGUAAAAUAAUUGACAUUUUGCAGAUUCUGUAAACUUUUGACCUCAACUGUACAUUCAAGUGAUACAUUGCAAAAUAUUCCACUUAAACAAAUAAAUUAUUUUCUGUUAGUAUUAUAAAAAUGUCAGUCCAAAGAAAUUUGACAUGAGAUACGUAAAGGAGGAGCUAUCAGUAGAAACCCAUGUUUAAGUCUUGAGUGACCCAGUCGGCACCUAGUGUAGACAACUUGGUCAUGUCCUGAUUUGACAUUAUGGAAGACAUUUCUUUUUAAACUAGGGUUUAUUUCAUAUAAUGUAUUAUUUUUACAUAUGCCCCAUUCUUUCUGCCAAUAACAAUCAACAUCAAGAUUUUUAAAUUGCAUAUAAAUGAAGGGUUAAACUACAUAUAAAUGCAUAAGGUGCUGUUUUUCACAUUUUCACUUUUUUGCUUUCAAUACUCAUUCUCAGACUAUUUUCAACAGCAUUUUUCUUUAAUUAUUAUGCAUGUCGUUUUUAUGAGCAUAUUAAUUUUGAAACCACAUGGAAUAUUAGUCUCUCAAUUAAUAUGGUUAUAAAAACUGUUAUUAUAUAAUUAACUGUGUAAAACAGUGCUAGAUGGAAUCUCUGAAGUCACAAAGCAGGAAUCGUUUCAUGUCAACUACCCAUAUAUGUGUGAAUACAUAUAAUAUAUAUAUAUAUAUUCUUACAAACAUGGCUGCUUCUGUAAGACUUGUCCUUUUCAAUAAACAGUGUCUUUAUCUGUCCUUGACCUGCGCUGAUACUGAAACUGUUGCAUGGAAAUGGUCAGUUACUGUAGUCUACAUAUUCAAUGCAGACCUUUCAAAACAAUAGAGAACAUUAUGACUAAUACUGAUUUAAUUUGAUUUUGUUUUUUUGCUUGUGAAGUUCUGCAUGACCUAACCCUUUAUCAGGGCCCUUUUUUGUCUUGUUUAUAGUGGAUGAGAGGCAUUAUAAGGAACCACAUUACCAUAAAUACAUUUACAGUAAUUUGCAUGUUUAUAUUAUGAACUAUUGUUUGCGAUGUAUUUACGCUUAAGCAAGUCCCUCUAGAACUUUGAAAAUUAGCCUUUUUAAAAGCUGUUAUGUGAAUUUAAUGUGGUGUAGAACUGCACUGUACACAUAUCACACGGCUAUAUUUAAGUAGUGACAUUGCUAGCACCAUAAUUGCAGGUCUGGGACUGUUUCAAUCAAUUCUUUCAUCCAAGCAAAUGUGUGCUCUAUAAAUUGCAUUUACGUAAUCUAACGCUCCUUUGUGUUUUUCCAGCAACUUCCUUCUGAAUAAAGCUGGUAAAAGUUU